CGUAAAAUACAUUUGUUGUCUACACUCUAAAGUUUCUCUCAAUAUAUUCCACUAAACAAUCAUUAGCGAACUGAUAGUCAAUUCAACUUUGAAUCGUGUUCUUGGGGUUGUUUGGAUGAGUUAUUCUGAUGAGUCACUCAUGUUAUUAUAACUUUUUUGGGGCAGAAUAAGUCAAAAUGAGUUAUUUGGGACAUAAUAUCCAACGCGCUGAUGAGUUAUUUGGAAACUUGUAUUAUUUACAAAUAACUCAAAAAAUGAGUUAUUCUAAAUAACUCCUACCCCAUGUUAUUUCCAACCUUGUCCCUUCCUUUUUUUUCCUCUCUCCUACUUUGAGCGCAUUAUGAUAUUUGCCCCUUUUAUGAUACCAGAUAAAAGGCGUGAAAAAAGCUUCGAGCUUUAUGAAAGAAAAAGUGCACGACUAAGUUUAGUGUUUUCGCCAUCAACAAUGGUCGCACCACCAUCAGUAGGCUUGCCACCGCCGAAAGGAAAAAACCAUCACAUACGACCAUUAGAGCGAGGCAUACGACUUUGGGAUCCUCUUCAUCGAGCGGUAAAAAGUGUUCGAGAAACAGCCCAACAAAAAAAAGGUUAGGGCAAUGGAUUAGGAACAAGGCUCGAAGGAGACUAGUCAAGAGACACAUAUGGAGAAAGGGGAGAGUAUGAAGGAAUCUGUUCACAACACGAUGAAAAGCAUUAUACCAACCAUGGAGGCCAUGAUCGAGCAUCUUCAACCUACCCAGGAAGAGAAGGAUGAUCAACCUAUUGAGGAGCUUCAAGAAGAAGACCAUCUCAAGGUCAAUGAAUUUGAUGAGGAAGAAGAUGAUCUUACAACUUCUGAAGAAGGAGAGAACGAGAUACAGUCCCUAGGAGUAGCAAUGGAGGAAGAAGAUUGCAGUAUUGAAGAACUUAUACUGACCCAAACCUUAUUGGAUUGGUGGGAAGAGGUUGAAGGCUUUUCACCACUCGAAAGCUUUGAACACUUCCUACACCUUCUUCAAUCUGAAUCCAUAAAUAAUCUACCUACCAAGGAAUCCACCAUUGGAAACAUCUAAGGAGGAAGAAUCCAAUAUGAUGACCCCCUUGAACCUCUUAUUCAAAGUUGAACAAAACCCUUGGAAUCAAACACUGAACAAGAAAUCAUGGAGGAGAAUUCAAACAAGGAUGAUCAACCUCAAAUGGAGAAUGAAGGUGAGGAGCCACUAAAGAAGCAACCAUAUCAACAUAUUCAUUCAAAGGAGGGGCUUCAAGAGGAGCCACCUAUAAAAAAUGUUGAUGAUUAGACCAACAUGGCGUCCAACCUAGAAAAGGAGCAAGAUGCCACCACCAUACAAAACAUCGCAGAGGAGUUCAACAAAAAUGAUAAAUAAUUUAGCUCAAUGGAGGGAACUUCAAGCCACAUUCCUCUUGAGUUCAACUUAAUUUAGUAGGAAGAAAUUGAUGAAGAAUGCAACUUUGAUCUUGGAGAAGAAGGAGCCUCUACAUUAUCCUCUACAACAAUGGAAGAAAAUCAAGGAGUAGCAAUCCCACCUACUCUAAGCAAUGAUGUGCUCUGCAUACAAGAACUAAGCCUUAAAGUGUAUGGACCCCUUCAAGAUACCCUUAGAUCAUCUUCUCAAAGAUCUACACAAACUCUGGAAAACUAGAACUUUGAGUAAGUAAGGUUAGAGCAUGAAGUGUUUACCAUUUACAAGGCAUUCUUGGUGAAGAGAUGGAGGAUGAAAUUUCUGAAGUUGGAGACCAUGAAGAAAAAUUAUAAAUCUUGGUGGAGAUGCAUCAGGAAGUCAAGCCAAAUCUCACUCGACUACUAGAUGGAGAUCCCUUUGCAUAAUUUCUGGAGAGCCAUGAGACUAUAGCGUCUUAUUUAACCCAAAGAGGGGAAUAUAUGAGUCCCUCAUUGUAUCGUUACUUCUACCACACUUCUAAUGCUCAUAAAUCAAAGUCUUGGGUAAAAGGUACUAGGUGUAGACUAAGGUGGUUACUACUUCAUGGUCCACUAUCAAGCCUAAAGAAAGAGGGCAAUCAACUGGAUCCUGCAAUCAAUAUGAUGGAUUUAAAGGAAGCCAUAAGUUGGGGAGCUUAAAGAACAAAGAGUUAUGCAUAGCUAAGGCAACAAAGAAAGAUCUCUUCUUGAGAGGCAACCCAUGUCGCGAAUCCAACUUAAGGAUGUAAGAUAAAAGUGCUACCGAGGGGACAACCCGUAUUUUCUACCUUGUAUGACUUAUUUUCAUAUUUAUGUAAGGAGGAGAAGCACUUGUUCUCUGUGUUUUUUUUGCUUUGAUAGUUUGAUUGUUUUCAAAAAUCCAUACGGAAAUGAAGGGAAAAAUGGAUCAAGGAGAUCCAAUGGUGUAAAAACCCCUCUCAUAUGAAUAAUCCUUCAAGAACAAGGAAAAUAAACUCAGCUAAUGAGAAGGAAGAGCAGUGGAGGCUCCAACUGUCACCCAACCGCUGCUACGAAAAAGGCCUUCACGAUGAAAAAUAUCAUUCUCCUACACAAGGAACCAAGCAAAACCAUCUUCUGCAAGCAAAAGAAUGGUGAGUCAUCCUGCCGCACCACCCCCGCUAGCAGAAUCGCUGCUCAGGUGGCCGUCUAUGCGCUCUUCCGUAGCCAGUCUAGCUCGCUGUUGUCUCCUGAGCUGGCGACAGGUGCGGUCAAUCUCUGGAUUCAACGGCAGUAAACCUCCCGACUGGCUACGGGUCAUGCACUACCUGCACACACUCAAGCAACAAACCCGUGAAGGCACAAGUGGGACAAAGAAAACAAAGCAAAAAGAAAAGCUAAAUUAACAGAAAUCACUUUUCUUCAACAACCUAGCCGUCCCCGGCAACGGCGCCAAAAACUUGACUCGACUCUACUGUCACUCCAGGAAUUGGCCAAGUGUAACCACUUCCUAAAGCGUAGUAUAGCGGGUUUAGGUUUAAUUAUCAACCCGGGUCCUAGAUCUGAUGACUACUCAGUGAAUUCUUGUUAUCUAGCAAUGAAACUGGAAUGCAAGUCUAACUAACAAACUAACAAAGCAAGUAAACGGUUGUAUUCAGG